AUGGCCGCCGAGGGGCGCAGCUCCGUGGCGCGGGCCAUCGCCGCCACGCUGCGCCGCGAGGGCCUGCCCGGGCUCUACCGCGGCCUUGGGCCGUCGCUGCUGCUCACGGUGCCGUCCAUCUCCGCCUCGUUCGGCACGUACGACGCCCUGAAGACCAGGCUCGCGGCGCUGGGCAUCCCGCACACCUCGCCGCUGGCGAUGCUCCUCGCGGGGGGCUGCUCCGGCGUCGCCGGGUCGGCCCUGACCUUCCCCAUCGACGUCGUCAGGCGGCGCAUGCAGGUGGUGGGCACCACCUCUGGCGCGCCAGCGCGCACGCUGGUGCAGGAGGCCGCGGCCAUCAUGCAGGCGGAGGGCCCUCGGGGCUUCUGGCGGGGCUUCGGGCCCGAGAUGGUGAAGACGUUCCCGAUGGUCGCCAUCACUUUCCUCGGCUUCGAGUUCUUCAAGGGCGCGGCCUGA